GUACUGUCUAGCAAGAGAUUAUUGUUCAAGAGAUUAUUGCUUUAGUACGCUCUGUAUCAGGAGAACCCUUAUAUCAACAUGUUCAAAAUCUACUCUCUCCUCCUCCUUAGUCUCAGCCUGCCUUGCCUCGCCAUACCUACCACGAACAUCAAACGCAACGCCUGUACAGUAGGCGACAGCUCUGUGUCCUGCUCAGAAACCUAUUCCCCGUACCAGAUCUCGAUCACUAUCCAACCUUCCCAUGCAGCAACCCUCUCCGUCAGCGAUGAGACAAACGGUAACACGCUCUGCCAUGCAGAUGGGGACGUCAAGCAGGGCGUUGCCUGUAACUUCAACGACAACGGAGUCGACGGACAUGUCAGGAUCUAUCUAGAUGCCUCUGACGAUGUCCAUCUCAUGGUGAAAGAUACGAAAAGCUACCGAGGGGAUGAUUACAAUUAUGUGAUUUACAGUGGAUUAUGAGGGGAGAAGUAAAUAGUUAGAUCGUAUAUUUAUUUCAUAACCUACUUAUGUACAGCAGAUAAUGUCAUUCCUGAUUCAAGCG